CUUUUCUCUCUCUCUCUCUUUAAGGACAUUAUAAAGUGAUAUGAAAAUAGUGUCUUUAAUAACUUUUACAAGUUUUGUUCUUUUACCAUCUAUUGUCUUUGCUAUAAAACUGGAUGAUUUUAAUAGCGAAAACGACGAAUUAUUAUUAACAAAUCCAAAGUAUAAAUGGAAUUCAUUGGGUAAAAUCAUUCCUGGUCGGUUCAUCAUUGAAUUUAACGAUAAUUAUCAUGGUUCUUCUUUUGAAUUUAUAACUAAUGUUGAAUCGGAUAUUAGUCAAAAUGAAUCUAUUCCUGACUCUCGUAUAAAGAUGAGUAUCGCCCAAGAUUUUAAUUCAUCUUCUUCUAUCUUUCGUGGUGUUUCUAUAAAUAUCCAUGAAUCUGUUCCCUCUCAUUCUUUUACUAAACGUGAUAGUGGAGAAAAAAGUUAUAUUCAAUCCUAUCAAAAUGUUGUACUUGGGAAAUUAAUUGAACAAUAUCAAGUCAAAUAUAUUUAUCCUGUUAUCGAAAUUCCUCGUCCUAAAGUAAAUAUCGUAUCAAAUGAUAUUUAUGCAUAUAGUUUCGAUGAAAAUCACAAUAUCAUUCCAAAUCCUCCUCAAAUCAACUUACCUAAAGACGGUCCUUCCUUACCUUUUACUCAUGUCAUGACACAGGUCGAUAAAGUACAUUCAAAGUACAGAGGGGAAGGCAUUCUAGUUGGAAUUAUAGAUUCAGGUGUUGAUUAUUAUCAUCCAGCACUGGGAGGUGGUUUUGGUCCCGGGUAUCCAAUUCAAUAUGGAUAUGAUUUAGUAGGUGAUGACUUUGAUAAUACAAAUAUAUCCUCUAGGAAACAAAAUGAGACUCCGCUUGACACCUGUAUAGAUGGACCUGGUCAUGGUACACAUGUUACUGGAAUAAUUGCUGCUAAUGAUCGUUUAUAUAAUUUUACGGGUGUAGCACCUGAAGCUACACUAGGGGUUUGGAGAGUGUUUGGAUGCAAUGGUGGAACUUCAAAUGAUUUAGUAAUAAAAGCUUUGAUCAAUGCGUAUGAAACAGGUUGUGAUAUCAUUAAUCUUAGUUUAGGAAGUUCAAGUAACUGGGCAGAUACUCCAAUGUCUCUUGUUGCUAACAGAAUUUCAGACGAAGGUGUCAUUGUUAUUGCUGCUGCCGGUAAUGAUGGCCAAGAAGGCGCAUUUUAUAUUUCAUCACCGGGCACAGGUUUAAGUACUCUGACUACAGCCUCUGUUAAUAAUGAUUAUAUCCUCCAGCGUUUGCUUAUUUUAGAGAAUCGAAAGCAAUAUCCAUAUUCAUUAUCUAGUACAACAAAAGAGUUUCCUUCAGGACAAUUAAUAAGCUAUUCAAACAAAGAGAGAGACGGGGAUGCAUGUAUUGGUACAAAUCCUGAUAAUAGUUUAAAGGGAAAGAUUGUACUUGUACAAAGAGGUGGUUGCACGUUUGAGGAAAAAGUACUUCAAAUUGAGAAAUACGAAGCUAUAGGUAUCCUUAUUUAUAAUAAUCAAUCUUCAGAUACUCUUCUCAAUUCUCGAGUCCUUAGUUCAAAGAUGCCUUUAGCAUUUACUACUUUGAAAGCGGGAAAAGAAAUGAGGAAAUUAUUAAACAAAGAUUUAAUACAUGCAAGGGAUGGUAUCUUUGUGAAGUUUAAAUCAGCUUUUGAUAUACGUCGUCAUUCGAGUGCGCGAAAAAUGUCUCCAUUUUCUAGUAUCGGUCCUCUUUAUAGUAUCGACUUGAAACCAGACCUUGCAGCCCCUGGGGAUUCUAUCUUUUCUACAUUGCCAAUAGCUAAUGGUGGAUAUGGUAUAUUAUCAGGUACCUCAAUGGCUGCACCCUAUGUUGCAGGUGCUUGUGCUUUAUUCCUUCAAGCCCAUGGAAGAAAGUAUGAUCUUAAAUUCCUUAAGGAGCAUCUUCAAAAUUAUGUUAAGCCUAUAGUUACACUAAAAAAUUACUUGGAUAAUCCGUCUUAUCAAGGGUCUGGCAUGCUUCAAUUACUGGACGCUAUUAAUCAAUCAACCCAUGUCUCUCCUGGCUCACUUAGCUUCAAUGAUACAGAUCAUAUUGGUCCUCGGAUACUAAAUAUCACUAAUCUUAAUAAUGUCACUAUCACAUAUCGCGUGGAAAAUAAACAAAGUUUAGCCAUUUCCCCUUAUAACACAACGUUACAAGGCUAUGCCCCCUUACGUUCAAUUCAGUAUACACCAAAUCAUGUUGUUGCUGAUAUAGCCUUCUCCAAAAAUCAAAUAACACUAGGACCAGGUGAAUCUAUCGAAAUAGAAUUGGAAAUAACAAGUAUUGGAAAUGGUCUACCAGAUUCUCCUUAUCCUAUCUAUGGUGGAUUUAUCCAAUUUUCUCCAAUCGAGGAUAACAGCGAUAUAAAACCAAUUCAUGUACCUUAUAUUGGCAUCCAAGGUUCUAUGGCCAAACUUCCUAUUUUUGAUGAAGGAUUCCCUCACAUCUUGAACACUUCCACUCCACCUACAUCACUUGAAGAUGGAGAAAUGAGUGUUAUCAUUGAUCGUUCUUUUGAUUCUUCACCCAUGAUAAUUAUUAUUCGUUUACUGACUGGUACAUCUCAGCUUGUAACUGAUAUAUUAGAUGCCAAUAUGACAAAAAUAGGCUAUUAUAAGGAAUACAGGUAUUUACCUCGAAAUACUCUCUCUGAUACAGAUCCUAUCUUUAUUCAACGCUGGAAUGGUACCAUGAUACCUAUUGCGAAAGACAAUUUAGGUGAGGAAAUCAUUCUACCUCCCGGUCGCUAUUUUUUAAACUGGAAAGCACUCAAGUUACUAUCCGAUCCUUCUAAUCUCACUAGUUGGGAAUCAAGACUAUCACCCCCUAUCUUAAUCCGAGCUUAAUUUUUUUUUGAUAUAAAUAACAAAUAAUAAUAAAUGAUAUCAUUAACACAAAAG